AUUAUAACCAAGGGUUCGUUAACACUUAGUCAAGUGGGAAUCAUUAAUUUUUCAGUGCGAGAUUUGACUUUUGUGCUGCACCUGCCUCCACUUGGUUAGACAGCAAAUCCCCUCUUUGGCAAAAGUGUCAAGAACUUUUCUCGACCUCUCAAGGGGAAGCGAAAACGGAGAAAAUUUCUAGGUCUAGACGAACAUUCUGCGGUUCAACUUCCUGAGCUACGAGGUCUCCUGAAACAAUGUUGCAACCAAAGGGCGCAAAGCGAUGAGAUGAAAUGAAGUCCCGAAAAGAAUGCCAAAACAAAGGAUGAAAAACGACUUUAGCAAUUAACUAAGCAUAGAAAAACUGCAAUUGGGAGUAGUUGUGUUUGAAGCUCGAUUGUUUUUGAGGGAGGUAGAAGAAGGGAGUCUAAAAUGGAAGACCGCGAAAACGCAACACCAGCGACUUCUAGUUUAGACGGAGGCAAAGCUUCCAGACUUUUUGUGAGUCAGGCGACAAGCCGAGAUGAUGACUUCAUGGGUAUGGCGAGGAUAGAUCUGGGCUCCGCAAACUCACUCGAGAAAAAAUACAUUCUACAGGAAAGAGUUCGCAAACAAGCGAAGAUGGAAAAGCGGCAAGCGACCGCAUUGAAAAUGAGCUCGUCAGGUUCAUCGACUUCAUCAAGCGAUGUACAGAUUAUCAAGAAGUGCGAUCAAAAUAAGGAAGCCUUUGGGAUAGAGAAUAUGAGUUCGAGUCAGCCGUCGAAUAAUGAGCCUUUUCCCUCUCAUGCUAUCAACAGAGCUAGAGCGGAGUCCAAAAGAGAAGCACAAGAAAUCACAAACAGGAAAAAUGGCGCCUUUUCCAAGAAUCCUGAGUUUUGUGCUCUUCUAUCCAUAUCUCCGGUAAAGCUUCGGGCGCCAAAAGCGAAUCACUCUGGUUCGGCCCUGAAAGAAGCAGAUUCACUUCCGCGCCUGCGCAAUAUAGCUCAACAUUCAGUCGAGGUCGACUCUUCCCGGUAUGCAUUUCGAUCCCUCCCUGAAAGAAAAAGCACAGCUAAAAAGCAAGGUAUCGGCGGCACUGCUUACCACUUCCGGCCGAGCUCCCAACAAGGAACCAAUCAACAAAGAGAAAGACCAAGCACAUCCACGACACCAGGGGCUCUAUCGUCUGAUGAAUCCUUGCCCUUCUUGCACGGGUACCAACAAUAUAAGGACCCUGGUCGCCUCAGGGCCCUCUCGGCUGACUCAGCUUUGCACAUGCGCGAAGACUCCAUCAGUAGAGUGGACUCUAGCUCCUUGAGCAGCUUCCGGUUACCAAGUUCUGCGAACCCUUCCAGGAAACAAAGUCCAUAUCCUGAGAUUGUAUGCUAUGAGUGGCACGAAGUGGAUUAUGGGAAAAGAAACCAACACCGCGCCAACAGACACAAACCUCGCAGGCGUGCGCACACCCUACCAGUAACAACCGCUGAUCAAGACUUGACAGCGGCCAUUCGUAUCCAAUCAGUGCUGUCGUCAGGCCCGGAUGUUCCCCCUUGUACGCCAGCAACCAUUUACCCCCCUGGUACGCCCAGAGUGGUUAUAUCAGCCCGGGGGGCGCACAGUUAAAAUUAACCGUACUUGGAGACUAGUUUAUAGAGAGGCAUCGUAUACUGGAAAUGAUUAUAUAGAACAGCCUUGGGGUUGGAAUCGCCAAGCAGUUGCUGCUGCUGCACCAAGCAGUGCCGUAACGCCAGGGAGCCCCCUCCCCUCCCCCCACGUUUUUUCCUCCUAAGAUUAUAAGGGAAAUGACCAGUAUUGUGCCCUUGUUUUAUCGAUGUUUGCUGCGGGCCUGGAAAGUAGAAAGCCCAACACAACGGCAACUGUUUGAGUCUACCUCUUGGUAGGAUGUGACGUGAAUGUGAUCCCAGCAAAACAGAAUAUACCCAAACUGUAUCCACAUUUGCUUCGCCAGACAGUCAGAAACUUUUCUAUUUUAGGCCCUGUUCUCAUGAAGAUAGUGUGCCCUACUGCCUACUACUAUUACUCACUGCAAGAUCAGAUACAGAAGCUGUUUUUGCAUUGUUAUGUAGCGUUUUUUGGUUUGGGGAAUAAAUAGAGUGUUUAUGGUCUGA